GUGUCUGGUUUUAUGUAUCGGUGAAUGCUCGGUUUCCUGUAUGAAUGCUAAAAGCAAACCACGUGGUGUGAAAGCAGACUGCUGCAGCUUCUUUUGUUCAAAUCAAUCAAACCGGAGACGGACAGAGAGCCGCUGAAUCAGGAAAUCACUGCUAAGGUCCUGCUGAAAAGAUGCCCCGUAAGAAGGUGACAGAUGUAUCGGGGAAUGGUGGGAUGAAGAGGAAGAGGGCGACUGGCAAAAGGAAAGACAGAGACUUCAGCAGCGAUGAUGAGUUUGACUUUGAGCAGGAGAACAACAAGAAACCUGGAAAGCCUGCUGCCAAGUCUGGCCUCCAGCCUGUCACCGUAGCGGACGAUGUCAAAGAGAAAAUAAAACUGGAGUUACCAAAGGUCAAAGGUCAGCUGCUUGUCUUUGGAGCGACCAACUGGGACUUGAUUGGAAGAAAGGAAGUGCCCAAACAACAAGCUGCUUUCCGCAACCUGGGCCAGAACCUGUGGGGUCCUCACCGUUACGGCUGUCUGAAUGAUGUCCAGGUCAGCUGUGUGGUGUCUGGUCCCUGUGCUGCACACAGUCUCAUCAUGACCACUGAGGGCAAGCUGUUCAGUUGGGGUCGGAAUGAUAAAGGUCAGCUGGGUCAUGGGGACACCAAGCGUCUGGAGGCGCCAAAGUUCAUUGAAGGCCUGGCUGAUCAAGUGAUUGUUUCUGCAGCCUGUGGACGGAACCAUACCAUGGCACUUACAGAGGAUGGCACCGUGUUUUCGUUUGGUGAAAACAAACUGGGCCAGCUUGGCCAGGGCAGUCAGACGGACGCGGUCCUCAGCCCAGCUCCGAUUUCCUACAACGGGCAGCCCCUGGUGAAGGUAGCCUGUGGUGCCGAGUUCAGCAUGGUGGUGGACUGCAAAGGAAACCUCUAUUCAUUUGGCUGCCCUGAGUAUGGACAGCUAGGCCACAACAGUGAUGGGAAGUUCAUCGCCCGGGCGCAACGUAUUGAGUUCGACUGUGAGCUCAUCCCCCGACGUGUUGCCAUCUUCAUUGAGAAGUCCAAGGAUGGUCAGAUCAUGCCCGUACCCAACGUGGUGGUCAGAGACGUGGCCUGUGGGGCCAACCACACGCUGGUGUUGGACUCUCAGAAGCGAGUCUUCAGCUGGGGCUUUGGAGGUUACGGUCGUCUUGGUCACACAGAGCAGAAAGAUGAGAUGGUUCCGCGACUCGUGAAGCUGUUUGAUUUCCCAGGACGCGGUGCUGCUCAGAUCUAUGCCGGUUAUCAGUGUUCCUUUGCUAUUAAUGAGAUGGGGGGGCUGUUUUUCUGGGGAGUGACAAACACUUCCAGAGAAUCAACCAUGUACCCCAAAGCUGUGCAGGACCUGUGUGGUUGGAAGAUCCGGAGUCUGGCCUGUGGAAAAAGCAGCAUCAUCAUUGCAGCAGAUGAGAGCACAAUCAGCUGGGGCCCCUCGCCCACAUCUGGAGAGCUGGGGUAUGGAGACAACAAACCCAAAUCCUCCACAACUGCUCAGGAAGUUAAAACUCUGGAUGGCAUCUACAUCGAGCAGGUGGUGAUGGGUUACUCCCACUCACUGGUCAUUGCCAGACAAGACACCGAGCAGGAAAAGGAGAAACUGAAGAAGCUGCCCGAGUAUAACCCCCGAACAAUCUAAGCAGCCCUAUCCACAUCAACCAGUUUCCAGAGCAGAGGCCAGCUGGAACUCCUGGCCUGGGGACUGGGGGUGAGAUGGGUGUUCAGGAGGGGGGGGGGGGGCAGCAGCACAAAACGUCUCAACUACCAGCUGACUGGCUGCACACCAAUUUGGACACUAAAAUCAAAGAAGGUGGGAGUGGAGGUGACAGAUGGUCCUGAUGUUCUACCUUCAAAGAACCUGCAAUGGUUCCCUCCCAGCACUUCACUCUGCAGCCGUGCUUCCCCAAAACUUCUAGUAUCAUUUGAUUUUCCACUUUAACAUUGUUCUUCUUCUGUUGUUUUUGUUUGAAAAUCUUCUGUUUCCUGGUGCUAAAGCAGCUGUUGGCUGCUGAGGGGUUUUUGAGACCAAUGCUCCAUACCUGUGCCUUUUUCUACGUCCAUGUUCAGGAUAUGGAAGUCUUGCUGAGAAUCGGUUGAUAAUUUUUUGUUGUUUAUUUGGCAGUUUGAAUCUGUAAGUAUGCUGCUGCCCCUGGUUGCAAAGUUACUGCACUCCACCUGAUGUUACAUUCCUUUACUCUUCUUCCUUCAGUGUUUGUAUCCAGGAUACUCACUCCAUAUGCCGAGGCCGUCAGCUCAAAGUUUUCAUUUAUCUGAUAAAUUCCAACGCUCAAAGCGGAUUCAUGAGCAGGCCAGAACUGAUCCAAUCUUAUCAGGCAGAGUUCUGUUUGUACUGCAUUCUAUUUUUAUGAUGAAAUUUCUUGGUUACGUUGUUUUUUUCCAUUGCAAUGAUUGAAUAAAAUCUGUGUAAAAUGAA